ACGGGCAACGGUCGUGAGCCGAGGGCCGCGGGGCCGUUGUGCGGGUGGAGGCGCUGAAGAGAGGGAGGGGGGGGAUGGCGAGAGGCUGAGUGCUUAGUGGUAUAGAGAACAAGACCCUGCCCCAAGAAUGAGCAGCUUGAAUCUUUCAUACCAAACAGCUAAACCCCCCACCAAAUGUAUGCUGUUUUCAGAUUCGGACACAAGAUAAAUGUUUUAAAAAUCAAAUAAAAUCCCUGGUACGGUGAUGACAGCCAGCUUGGAGCUUUAACAGAGACUAUGAGAUAAAGGCCAAAUUCCCAGCCCUUCCACUUGGGAAAUGGAACUAUCUCCUUCAUGGAAAGGUCUUCUUACAGGCAUAGAGAAUAUUGCUACUAGUAGGAUUUCUUCCAGUGUGAUUCAUGGCAGGGGACGUGGAAGGGUUUAGCUCCUCCAUCCAUGACACCAGUGUCUCUGCUGGAUUCAGAGCACUGUAUGAAGAGGGAUUGCUUCUUGAUGUCACACUUGUCAUUGAAGACCACCAAUUUCAGGCCCAUAAAGCACUGCUCGCCACCCAGAGCGAUUACUUCAGGAUUAUGUUCACAGCUGACAUGCGAGAACGAGAUCAGGACAAAAUCCAUUUGAAAGGUCUGACAGCUACAGGCUUCAGUCAUGUCCUCCAAUUCAUGUACUAUGGAACUAUUGAACUGAGUAUGAACACUGUUCAUGAAAUCCUUCAGGCUGCCAUGUAUGUCCAGCUGAUAGAGGUGGUAAAAUUUUGUUGCUCUUUUCUCUUAGCUAAAAUCUGCUUAGAAAACUGUGCAGAAAUUAUGAGACUUUUGGAUGAUUUUGGUGUAAACAUCGAAGGAGUCAGGGAAAAAUUGGACUCCUUUCUGCUAGAGAAUUUUGUGCCACUCAUGUCCAGACCUGACUUUCUUUCCUAUCUGAGCUUUGAAAAGCUCAUGUCUUACUUGGAUAACGAUCAUCUGAGCAGAUUUCCAGAGAUAGAGCUGUAUGAAGCUGUUCAGGCUUGGCUGCGCCAUGAUAGAAGACGCUGGAGGCAUACGGACACCAUCAUUCAGAACAUCAGGUUUUGUUUGAUGACACCAUCCAGUGUUUUUGAGAAGGUAAAAACAUCAGAGUUUUACCGAUACUCCCGGCAGCUGCGACAUGAGGUUGACCAAGCCAUGAAUUACUUUCAUAGCGUUCACCAACAGCCUUUGAUGGAAAUGAAAUCGAACAAAAUUCGUUCUGCCAAACCCCAGACUGCAGUAUUUAGAGGAAUGAUAGGACACAGUAUGGUAAACAGUAAAAUUCUUCUCUUGCACAAACCAAGGGUCUGGUGGGAACUAGAGGGUCCUCAAGUACCUUUACGACCAGACUGCCUUGCCAUUGUGAAUAACUUUGUAUUCCUGUUAGGUGGGGAAGAACUAGGGCCAGAUGGUGAGUUUCAUGCUUCAUCCAAAGUGUUUAGAUACGACCCAAGACAGAACACAUGGUUACGAAUGGCAGACAUGUCCGUUCCACGAUCUGAGUUUGCUGUUGGAGUUAUUGGGAGGUAUGUUUAUGCAGUGGCUGGGAGAACCAGAGAUGAAACUUUUUACUCAACUGAACGAUAUGAUAUUACUGAAGAUAAGUGGGAAUUUGUGGAUCCUUAUCCAGUCAAUAAAUACGGACAUGAAGGGACUGUGCUUGGUAACAAGUUGUAUAUCACUGGUGGAAUUACAUCUUCUUCAACUUCUAAGCAAGUGUGUGUAUUUGACCCUAGUAAAGAAGGGACGGUAGAGCAGCGCACAAGGAGAACUCAAGUGGUUACUAACUGCUGGGAGAACAAAUGCAAAAUGAAUUAUGCAAGGUGCUUUCACAAAAUGAUUUCUUACAAUGGUAAGCUUUAUGUCUUUGGUGGUGUGUGUGUGAUCUUGAGGGCCUCCUUUGAGUCUCAAGGAUGCCCUUCUACAGAGGUUUAUGACCCAGAUACUGAUCAAUGGACUAUACUGGCUUCUAUGCCAAUUGGUAGGAGUGGUCAUGGCGUAGCUGUUCUGGACAAACAGAUAAUGGUUCUUGGAGGCCUUUGUUACAAUGGUCAUUACAGUGAUUCAAUCCUCACCUUUGAUCCAGACGAAAACAAAUGGAAAGAAGAUGAAUACCCAAGGAUGCCCUGCAAGCUGGAUGGCUUACAAGUAUGCAGCUUGCACUUUCCUGAAUAUGUAUUGGAGCAUGUUAGACGCUGCAGCUAAAACAGAAUGAGCAACCCACUGAAAUGUAAAAAGCUAUCCCUAAUUUGUCAGGAAAUCCAAACCAGUUGAAUUUCUUCAGAGACAUUAACUUGUGUAUAAGAAUUGCUAAAUGCUUAGAGAAACUGGAUGUACAGGGAAAGUACUUACCAAGUCUAUUAUAAAAGCCAGUAGCUGGUCUGGUAUUGUAAAAAGCUUUUUUUUUUUUUUUUUUUU